AUGAGCAGGAACAUCUACGACAUUGAUCCGGCGGGCAACGUGCUCUGCACAUAUAACGGUGAAUCACGGGAGAGUCUAAAGGCUCACCAAACCAAAGUUGCCCCCCUCCACGCCCUCCUGAACGCCUUCCUCCCCGCUGGCUACCCCCACUCCGUAACCCCCGACUACCUCCCCUACCAAACCUACGACUCCCUCCAAGCCUUUUUCAGCAGCAUCUCGUCUUUACUCGCCAACCGCGCCGUCCUCGAAGGCCUGGGGGUGGGAGACGCCUCUUCGUCCCCCACGGCAGCGCUCAUUCUCAAAAUCACCAGCGACACCAUCUCCCGCUUUGCCACCAUCUUAUUCGCCCACCGGCUCGGGACCGCCAUCGAGCCCGAAUGUAAAUUUUUUAGAUUUCUGGCUGAUGUUCUGAACGAUGCUGCGCAACUGUUGGAUUUGCUGAUGCCGGUGAUGAUGAUGGGGGAGACGAGGUAUGGAUUGAAGUUGGGGGUGGUUGUGGGUAGUGGGGUGUUGAGGAGUUGGUGCGGUGUUGCGGCGGGGGCGAGCAAGGCGAGUUUGUCGGCGCAUUUUGUCACGCAGCGAAGCAGUUUGGGGGAGUUGAAUGCCAAGGAGGCAAGUCAGGAGACGGUGGUGAGUCUUUUGGGUAUGUUGGUGGGGAGUUUGGUGGUGAAAGUGGUGCAGGAUCGACUGGUGGUGUGGGUGUUGAUGGUGGGAUUGCUGGGGGUGCAUUUGUUGAUGAAUUAUCGGGGGGUGAGGUGUGUCAGGUUACGAACGCUGAAUAGGCAGCGGGCGACGAUGGUGGUGAGGAGUUGGUUGGAAACGGGGAGGGUGUUGGGGCCGGAGGAGGUGAGUAAAAGGGAGAGUAUCCUGCAGUUGCGGAUAGGAUGGGGAUGGGGAAGGGGAGGGGGAUGGACGGGGUUUGGUAGGAUGGCGAGUAAGUCGGGGGAGUAUACGGGUACGUGCGAGUUUGGGACGUAUGGGGAUGUGAAGGCUUUGGCGGGGUGGAAGGGAGGGUAUCAUAGCUAUGAGUUUGAGAUGGAAGGGUAUUUUAUGGGGAUUUGUCAUCGGGGAGGGAGUUUUCGUAUGAGGAUUGCGUUGAAGGAGGAGGAGGGGGAAAAGAAAAUGAGUUCAAGUGCGCGUGCAAAUAGUCCGUUGGAGGCCUGGUUUGAUGCCGUUAAUCACGCCUAUCACUUUGACUCGGCCCUUAAGGAUGGGCUGGAGAGCCAUUAUGAGAACGAGGUGCCGCUGCUGGGAUAUACGUCGGAGGAGCAGAAAGGAACCGUCUUUGCGGCGCUGGCGGCUGCUGGGUGGGAUCCGGAGACGAAUGCGUUGGAAACGAGAUCGCCUGUGAGGGUGAGGGUCGGGGAUGGGAAGAAAGUUCCAAUCCCAUCUGAAAAAGAUCUUAUUCGACAACCACAGGUGUCCAAGAAGGAUUGAGAUAUUACUGGACUGGGCAGGUGGGAAGACAUUUGAUCUUCCACUCGGAACAGCCGGAUACAUAAACAGUAACAAGACAUCUACAAAGUUGAAGUGAUAUGUAAUCUUUAGAUCCAACACCAAAGAGCGAC